CCUAAAUGGCCGACUGACUGAUGAUGGACUGAUGGGGGGUUUUUUUUCUUUCAAAAAAGGAGUGGACUGUGACAAAACAUUUCAUGUUCACACAAAAACAUACACAACCCCAUUCAUCAGCUCUCUCUCUCUCUCGCCUGUGUUUGUGUCAGCCUUCCUUUCAUCCAUCAGGGUUGCGCUCCUCUUUCCCCUCCUCCUGAAUAUUCAACCUUACUUUUCUGUGUCCCUCUCUUUCUCGGUCUCUCUCCCUCUCAAACUUUUCCCUCCCUCCUGCCCUUUUUUUUCCCCUCUUCUCGUCCCUUUCUUCACUCCUCCACUUGUUUGGAGGAUCAGGGCUUCUGGCAGACGCUGCCGUGCGUUCCCAGUUUGCAGGAGCUGGAGCAGAAUGACCCACAGGGGCGGACAGUAGACUCUGAGGAAGGAGAGACCAGGACAGAGGCAAAGACCCACUUCAGCGUGGGAAAAAAAAAAGCAGCCUACGCUAACCCAUCUACGCUCCAAAGUGAAGAACUCAACUCAGUAAGGACAUUUUUGUUGCUGAAGGAGAAAUAUUGGACCAAUAAAAAUGGCCACGCCUGGUUUGUGGGCCCUGCUAGUCCUCUGGGUCUGUACAGCUGAGGCCUACCGUGGUUCUUACGACCAGAGGGAGGACCUGGAGCAGGACCAAGGCCGGAUCAACCCCAGGGAUUACCGUCAAGAUGCCAGCGACAGGGAUGUGAGGGUGUGUCGUCGAUGCUGUGACCCAGGAGAGGAGCCCCCAGCUCAGCAUGACAGCCCACACUACCCUCAGUACCAGCCCCAGUAUCAGGUUGUACCACAAAUCAACAUCACUAUACUCAAAGGAGAGAAAGGGGACAGUGGUGAACGAGGACCAUAUGGUAAGUCAGGCAAAGCUGGCCAGAUAGGCCUGCCGGGGCCCAGCGGCCUUAAAGGCAACAAGGGCAGCAUGGGGCAACCCGGUGAGCCCUGCAAGGCGUACUAUGCCGCCUUCUCUGUGGGACGCAAGAAGCCUCUACACUCCAACGACUACUACCAGACCCUUGUGUUUGACACAGAGCUGGUCAACCUCUACGGCCACUUCAACAUGUUCACCGGAAAGUUUUAUUGCUAUGUGCCGGGGAUCUACUACUUCAGUCUGAAUGUGCACACUUGGAACCAGAAGGAGACAUACAUGCAUGUGAUGCACAAUGAGAGGGAGAUGGUCAUCCUGUAUGCCCAGCCCAGUGAUAGGUCCAUCAUGCAGAGCCAGAGCCUGAUGCUGGAGCUGGAGCGAGAGGACCAGGUAUGGGUCAGGCUCUUCAAGGGGGAGAGAGAAAACGCCAUCUUUAGCGAUGAUUUUGACACCUACAUCACCUUUAACGGACACCUGAUCAAGCCCAAAAAUGAGGUGUAGACAAUAAUAAUGGUAACACCCUACAAUACGGGAAAGAGUUCACAAAUGAUUACUAAUUAUUUUAUUAAUGUUAACAGCCCAUUUAUUAAUCAUUAUAAAGCUGUAAUAAGAUGUUAUAGUGCAUUAAUAAAAGAACCUUUUGGGCUGCCUGGUUGGGAGCCCAGAUUUUAGCAGUCUGAGAGAGUCUCUAUAGACAUUAUCUCAGAAACCAUGUGACCAGAGAGGCCUGCCGAUUGACAUCCUCAGUAACAGACAUAUAAAUAACAGGACUUGAAAAUGUCAUGCAAUGCAAACACAAAAGUCAAUUUUCACACAGCUGUUAAGUUUAGUGAUGAGGUUAGGUAAUGGUUAGUGAGGCUGCCAUACAACAGUUCAUCUAGCUUCAUUUAAUCACAAGGUCUCUGAGAGAAUGUCUAUGGAGACGCUCCCCACCCAACCUGGCAACCCAAAAAGUGUUUUUAUUACUGCAUUAUAACUUCAUAUUUCUUAUUUACAACACACUAAUAGAUGAGUUAUUACCCAUUGAUAAAGCAAUGACCACUUAUAAACCCUUUAUAAAGCAUUCCUUAUUGUAAGGUGCUGCCAAUAAUGAUAAUAAUAAAAUGUUUUGUACAGACUAAGAGUGUGAAAUAGACUAUAGAUUCAUGCCAAAGCAAAAAAAGCAUGUGCAGUAUUCUAAGUAUAAGGGGGGGGGCACAGAUGACUCUCUCUGUGAAGAUGACGAUUUUAGAGGAAAUGCACACAUUCAACUCAUUUGAUCUAACUUACCAGCAAGAUCAGUGACCUAUGACCUCUACCCAGCUGGUGCUCGGGCAGGUAUGAAACACAGUUUCAGCUUCAAAUGCAGUUUCAACUGAAAUGUCAUUAUGUUGCAUGGAAGUGCUCUGGUGACACUGUGUUUUAUGGAAAGGGUGUUACCGCCCUCAUAACAAGAAUAUGGUAACGUCAUGUCAGGUUUUAUAAGCACAUAAGAUUGAACUAUUUUAAGCUACAAUGCUGAUACUUGUUGUUGUUGCUGUUGCUGUUGUUGUUGAUGAAUUCAUUGACCUAUAGUGAUACUGGUGAAUACAUCGGUAUUUGAUCAAGCUGCAUCCCAGAGAUCCAUUCGAAAGGAAACCAGUUUCACCAGUGCUGUUUUUGUAAUUGAUGCUGCAGUAUCUACUGGUUGUGAUGGUCUCAGUGCUUAGAGUGCCACAUCCCCUUCCUAACUAGUUAACCUCAAACUCAUCACUACUCGCCUUAGUCUCCCGUAUCUCCGUGCUAUGGUGAAGAGGUCCACCUUUGGUCUUGGGUCAAACGGCUACCCGACAGGGGCGUCCGGGUAGCGUGGUGGUCUAUUCCGUUGCCUACCAACACGGUGAUCGCCGGUUCGAAUCCCCGUGUUGCCUCCGGCUUGGUCGGGCGUCCAUAAAGACACGAAUGGCCGUGUCUGUGGGUGGGAAGCCGGAUGUGGGUAUGUGUCCUGGUCGCUGCACUAGCGCCUCCUCUGGUCGGUCGGGGCGCCUGUUCAGGGGGGAGGGGGAAUAGCGUGAUCCUCCCACGCGCUACGUCCCCCUGGCGAAACUCCUCACUGUCAGGUGAAAAGAAGCGGUUGGCGGUAUCGAGGAGGAGGCAUGUGGUAGUCUGCAGCUCUCCCCAGAUCAGCAGAGGGAGGGUGGAGCAGAGACUGGGACGGCUCGCAAGAGGGGGAUAAUUGAAAAAAGGGGGGGAAAUAAAAAAAAGAAGGUGCUACCCGACAGUGACCAUUAAAACGACCAGCUCCUGAUUUGGAUGUUCGGGGAUGAGCCAUCGUCCCCAGUAAGACGGUGAAAGAUUCGUUUACAUGCAAACCAUCAGGUUAGUUGCUGUAAUGUACCAGAUCUACACUAUCAUAAUCGACCAUUAAUGAGAUUACGUCAACAACAAUGCUGUUUUCUUGCUUUCCAUUUGCUCUAUUUGAUCCAAAUGGACAAAGACUCUGGGCGAGGGAGCAGCCGCGGUGUCUGAGUGGUGAGCCGGAGAUGUUUGAAUCAUCAUCUAAGGAUGUUGGUUUCAGGAAAACAUGUGUAUCUGCACUGUGCGUGACCCUACGGUAGUGACGUCAUGGUUGGCCAAGAGUUCGAUGUACUGCUACAACAUCUGGAUGACAUUAGGUUUCAUUUUCAUUUUCACUCUCCAUGUACUGGUGCUUCUUGCUACAUCGACUGUGCACUGUAGAAUAAAUGUAGACCACUGCCGUAAACCACCAGUCCCUUAUGUAUGAUGUGUGCUUCAUAAAGUUACAUCUGCAUGUGUAUUGUGAACUAAUUUAUCGAGAUAGCUCUGAUAUCAGCUUGACGGACAGAAGCGCAGCAUUGCGCCCUGUUGGGUCAGGGGCUGUGUUUUGUUGUCGUAAACACUAAAAGGGUUGUAUGUUUCCCCUUCAGCCUAACCAAAAAAACCACAAAAACAAAAAAAAACAA